CCCAAAAAAAAAAAUCAUAAUAAAAUGACAAAAUUCAGGAAGCUUAAUCGACCCACGGGUCAUCGUAUGGCCAUGCUCAGAACAAUGGUUUCCCAGUUGUUAAAGCACGAGCGCAUUGAAACUACUGUUGCCAAGGCGAAGGAAAUUCGUAGACUUGCCGAUAACAUGGUACAACUUGGGAAAGAGGGAUCACUUUCUGCUGCAAGACAUGCUGCUGCUUUUGUGCGAGGGGAUGAUGUCAUUCACAAGCUAUUUACGGAACUGGCAUAUCGAUACAAAGAUAGAGCAGGUGGAUAUUCAAGACUGCUUCGAACUCGCAUACGAGUUGGUGAUGCUGCACCAAUGGCCUAUAUAGAGUUUAUUGACAGAGAAAAUGAGCUUAGAGAGUCAAAACCACCAACUCCUCAGCCACCACAGAGACCUCCCCUUGAUCCUUGGACAAGAUCCCGGCUUAGCAGGCAGUUUGCACCCCCUAAAGAGGAGAAAAGCUCUGAAUCUGAGAUAUAAAUCAUGAACCCUUAUUCUCAGUGUUUUCACCAUUUCUUGAGAUACAGCAUCUGCAAGUUAUAUCCUGAUGUAGCAUAGUUUAGCAGACUGGGCAGACUAGCUGUUGUUAUAACUUCUUAUGUGUUGCCGGUGACUGCUAUUUUCUUGGGAGGGUCCUUUAAGCAUGGAACAAAGUGUUGCUUUUGUUUUCUUAAUAUUCAUGUGAAAUUAUUUUAAUUGUUAUACAAAUUAAGUGUAUUUUUGGUUUUUAGUGUCUACGGAAACAGUUCAGUGCAAUAAGUUGUAGCACUUUGUUUUGUACGAGAUUAUUGACACCCAAGCAAGAGUGGCAAAAAUAUUAGUGAGCCAGCCUGGCUCAGGCUCUUAUGUCCAGCCACAGUGUGCAACAACUUGAGGAAAUCAAAAUUGCAAAACAAGGAAACUUUAUAGCAUGCAAAAGAAAAAGGGAGUGGUGGCACAGCAAGAUGUGGGCGGUGACUUGAGGUGCAAGUGAGGAAACUCAUCACUUAUCGAAAUCCUACCCUUCCAAAUUAGCCUCUUUUCCAGGCAAGUAUUCUCCUAUUUGACCCAAAAAAAAGCAAUCAUUUUUCAAUCUACAAUUGUCGACUACCUUAUUGAUGACGAUUAUUCAUUAUUAUUAUCCACCUUAAAAUGUUACGUUAUGCUGCCUCAAGGUCAAAAUAUGAUUGCAUGAUACUAUUAUUUUUAUUCAGUUUUUUUUUUUUCCAACGUUACAUUGCUGCUUUCAUAAUAAUAAUAAAAGACACUAUUACAUCCAGAAUAUUUGACUCGAUUAGUGUAUAUCUCUCCACUCCACGCCACUUAAAAGUUUUAAGAUUUGAAUCUCCUUAAUUAUAUCCUGAAUAUAUGUAUAUAUAGAGAUCGU